AUGUCGCGCGGGGCCAACGCGGCUGAUAUCCCUCGCAGAUGUCUCACCACAUUCAAGCUCGAGCCACACCAUGCCUGCCCACACAUGUCGUAUCUGAGCAUACGAACGGCACACCCGAUCCGUGGAGAGCUCGCCUCGGGCUGUGCUACCAUCGUGCGUCGUACCGAGACCGAGGACCUAUUUCAGAGCAUACUGUACGAGGAGAGCGUAGAACUGGCAACGUUCUCCGAGAGGUUGUUUGACAAGUUUGGCCGGCUCAGGCCCCAGUAUGUAGAGGAUGCUCAUCAUCGAGGUACUGGCUGUUGGGGCCACGAGAUGAGUCAGGGUGAUCUUCUCUACAUUGUCGAUAUCACCGUCAAUGAAAGAACGGUUUCCGUCGCGUCGGACGCAGUUAUUAUCUUGCCCCCUCUUACCGUGCACUGUCGAUAUCCAUAUCCUCCUGACGUUCAAUAUUACAAGAACCAUCCAGAGAGCAUUACCGACGAUGACGUUCCCCGGGACUCGGACACCGGCAGUUCAGAUCCUUAUGACAGGGUCACGAGAAGAGCAAUCAGAGAAUUUCCCGUGCACUCCGCAAUCCGCGACCUCAAGGACACCAUGACUCGAGUGAUGGAAGCUGCCCGCACCAGGCAUCCGACCUUUGACACCGUGGAAGACGCACCACAACCCCUUAUUCGACUGAUUGCGUCUGCUCAUACCAAGGACCCAGCCGCGAAAGACCGUAACGGAUGGACGCCCCUCUUUCUAGCUGCCCGUGAAGGCAAAGUCGACGCCGUCCGCACUUUAUUACAGAUCGGAAACACAGCUGCUCUCUGGGAUCGCGACAACCUCGACGGUCAUAACCCCCUCGAGAUCUGCAGGGAGAAGACGGAGAUCGACAGGACACGCACUAAGUCGGGCCGCACGCUCUUUAUGUCUAUGAUGGUACGCAAGCCGGAGUGGGUCGGGUUCAAGACCGAGUACCUGCGUAUCGAGUAUCUGUUGCUGCAUCGCAUGGGCGUCGCAGCGGCACUCCGGGCCGAUGGCCACUCGCCUGAGCAAGCAAUCCCUGCCAUAAAAGAAAUUUUCUGGCACCUCGAGCGCGGCUACUUGGGCGAAUGGACGCCCAAUGACCGAGGUCCUCUUACGACGGCAGAUGAGAGUGCUGUCAACCAUUUCCUCGGGACUGGUGGUCGGGUCCAAUUCGCGCUGGACAGCGUUACUUUCUGUGCUCGCAUGUCAUCGCCCAUCCUAGGCAACGGCACUUUGGACAGCCAAAUGAACGCAACCACCGCUAUCGACGGGCCAGAAGCGGUCGCCCUAUCUGAUAUAUGGCGUGAACUUCCACGUUGCAGGUACGACCUGGAAUUCACCGUGGUGAGGACGAACCUGGGAUUGGAUGAAGGCCGCAAGUGGGGCCCCUAUUAUGAAGGAUGUGACGGAGAUCCACGCACCGGGUACAUGGAAAGACGCGGGGUGGGCCCGGAUGCUGGAGUCGAGAGUGACGAGGACGAGGAUUGCAGGACCCAGUGA